CGCCGCCUUUAGUUUUUGGCAACCCUGGAAGGGGGGCGGUGGCAGCAAACGGAACGAUCAACAAGGAUAAUAAAUAUCACAGCGCGCGCUAACAAUAAAUUUAUAUACAUAAUUUGUUUGGUUUUCUGGAACAACAGUUUUCUUCCUUCGACCAUGUCGGAUGACGAAAAUCUCAGCAUUGAAGAUUCAAAACAAAAACUUCACCAGUUACGGAAGGCUCGCAGGAAACUUGAAAAAGAUUUGGCAGAAACUAUGAAAUCCUUCAAGCCACCCAUCGGCACAGAGAAUGAAAACUCAUCAAAUAAGCUUGCAGACAUAAAAAUAAAAAAGAAAAUGCUGGAGCACUUCGGUGUAAAAACAACAUUUACGGGAGUCAAGAGGAAUGUAGCAGUUCUCACCUUUUACGACAACCAAAAGGGAGUGGUGAAAGGAGAAUGCUCUAUGAAACUGGAGCUGAAAGAUGAAGAGUUUACUAUCCUGCAAUAUACAUUUUCAAAAGAUGUCUGUUCUAUUUUGACUUCAAAGAAACUGCCUAUCACCUUCAAAGACAAUCCCGGAGAAAUUUUGCCUAAAAUUUUGGAAUGUGUAUUUGCGUAUUUCAAUCGCCACCACCAGCUCUCUGACUUCAUGAAAGCUUAUCCUUACGCCCAAUGCAUAUGGAGUUCAAACUGCCAGAAAGUUGAAAUUGUUCUUCCAUUGGAGAAGGAAGACAAUGCUACUUUCGCAGUUAUGCUAAAAUUGAACUACAACGAAGACCAAACAAUUCCACAUGAAUUUGAGUUCAGCUUAAAAUUAAAACUAUUUCAGGUGCCGAUAAUGAUGACCUAGAAGAAGAAAUUUUGAACGGCCUGAAGGUUUUUCUGAAAAUGCCAUUGGUUGAUGCAUUUGGAAAAUUCUACACGUAUCUUUCAUCCCAGUAAAGACUUAUUUUAUUGCUUAAUCACUAAUAUAAACAAUAAAUCACAUUAUCACAUAUUUAUUAAAA